AUGUCUGCCGCCAUCCGCAUCGAGCUUUUCCCGGCAAAUCUCGCCAUCUUCAUCGACUUCUAUACCCGAAUCUUUGGAUUCAAGCUGCUCAAGCAGACAGGUAACUACGCUUACGUGAAUCGCGGCGGGAUUUACAUUGGCGCGAUCGAAACACCGAACAGCGACAGUCUCGCAACGAAGGCUAGUUAUCGCCAACCGUUUAAGGGCGUAGAGAUUGUGUUCGAAGUGCAGGAUCUGGUUGCGGAGCGAGAUAGAAUUGUCGGGCUUGGGUAUCAGCUCGAGAAGGACAUUGAGAAACAGGAAUGGGGAUUGGAGGACUUUCGAAUUGUGGACCCAGACGGCUAUUAUAUUCGUGUCACUACGCUGCCAAAAAGCGAGGAGGUGGCAGAUGCUUGA